GUGCCUGCGAGAGAGUGAGAGGCAGUCUGUAUCCCAAGGAAGGAGAGAGAGGAGCAGCUGGAAGAGACAUCACUUCCCAUCAUAUAGAGACAUCAUGAGUGAGCUUCGGGCCAACACUGAGUUGCCUUCCCCAAACCAACCUUCUCUGGAGGAGCAAAAGGACAAGGCUGGAAACGCGGAGAAAGUGGAAGAGGAGAUCGACAUCGACCUAAACGCCCCGGAGACGGAGAAAGCGGCGCUGGCCAUCCAGAGCAAGUUCCGCCGCUUCCAGAAAAAGAAGACGGACCCCAGCCCUUGAUUGGGAUGUCGCCCCCUGUCUCCUGAACUCUGCACUGCCCUGAACAAAAUAAACAAAAAGAACCACUGUGCGGCAGCUUCUGUCCCCCCCUCCCAACGGCACGAGGAAUGCAAGCAGGGCUGCGUUCUAACUGUCACCUACACCCCCACCCUCCGACCCUUAGACUAUACUGAAUGCUUGGCCCUAGGGCCAGUCGGCCAUAUUGUAGAUACUACCCCCCCACCCUUAGCCUAGUAAGCCAAUAACUAUAUGGGGAGACUUUUAUAACAAAGAGGAUUAUAUGGAAACAUUUUAAAGGGUUAGAAAUGAUUUAUGAAACAAGGUGCCUGCAAUUAUCUUCCCCCACCCCUCCUCUAUUAUUCCUUCCCAAAUUGCUUGUUGUAAAGGGAAAGUAUGCCCUAAUUAACGGUAAAAUGGUAUCGGUCAUUAAACCCAGGGAGGUUUAUCUUAUAGAAAGUCAAUAAUAUCACAGUCCAAAUUGUGAUAUCUGUAUAUCUGUUGCUCUUUGUUUGUAUGAGAAGAACUUGACUCCUACAGUUGGUGCCACCAAAGGCUCAGUUGCUGCAAACCCUUGUUGCUAUGGUUCUACUGCCACCUAGUGACCGCUCUCUGGUUUAUAACGUAGCAUAUACAGCGCAUACAGAACCCAAGGUCCAAGGGUUGAUCAAAUAAACAAAGUCCAAAGCAACAUAAUCUGAUAUCUAAAUUAAUUAAUCUGUGGCCUAGAUAGUAUGGUUUACACAAGGCCUGGUAUUAAAGGUGAGAAAAUGUUGAAUUCCAAAAUCAGAUAAAGCAGAAUACACUCAUGUGAUCAAGUUCUUGCCAAGACCCCCCGCCUGUUCUAAAAUGUCACACCACUUUCCCUUUAAAUAGUCUCUUCUGUCCACUGACGGUGCCAGGGAAGGCAAAUGUUUUAGCAUGUUUAAGUAAUAAAAUAACUGAAAUUA